UUGUCUCUUGAAUCAUGUUUUUGUAUAGAGAGGUGAGAGCAUGCUUUAGAUCCUGUAUCAUUCCUGCAUUAAACAGCUUGAAAGAUCAAAACAUUUAAAUUUUGCUUUUAUUUUUAAUUUAUUGAAAUUAAUAGUUAAAAUUGUGUGCAUAUUAUAAAUAACUAAGAAACAUUGAAAAAUGAGUGCCGAAAUGGGAAUUGAAAAAUUAUCGAUUAACGCCAAUGGAGAUGUUCAAAGUGAAGACGUUGUUACACCUUGGAAUGUUGAAAGUACAGGAGCAAAAGGAAUUGACUACGAUAAACUUAUUGAACGCUUUGGAAGCUCAAAAAUCGAUGAUGAACUUCUUCAAAGAUUCGAAAAAGUUACUGGACAAAAGCCACAUCAUUUUCUUCGUAGAGGAAUAUUUUUCUCACACAGAGAUAUGAAUACAAUUUUAAAAUUAUACGAAGAGGGAAAACCAUUUUAUCUUUAUACAGGACGUGGUCCAAGUUCUGAGUCAAUGCAUCUUGGUCAUUUGAUUCCUUUUAUGUUUUGUAAAUGGUUGCAGGAUGUUUUCGAUGUUCCUCUAGUGAUUCAAUUAACUGAUGACGAGAAAUCAAUUUGGAAAAAUAUCAAACUUGAAACUGCAAUUGAACUUGCUUAUUUAAAUGCAAAAGACAUUAUUGCUUGUGGUUUUAAUAUUAAAAAAACUUUUAUAUUUUCAAAUCUUGAACAUAUUGGCAAUAAUCCUGCCUUCUAUCAGAAUAUGAUAAGAAUUCAAAAAUGCGUCACAUUUAAUCAAGUUAAAGGAAUUUUUGGAUUUGGUGAUAGUGAUCCAAUUGCAAAAAUUUCCUUUCCUCCAACGCAAGCAGCGCCUGCUUUUUGCAGUACAUUUCCAUUUAUUUUUAAAAAUUCAAAAGCACACUGUUUGAUUCCUUGUGCAAUUGAUCAGGAUCCUUACUUUAGAAUGACGAGGGAUGUAGCUCCAAGAAUUGGCUAUCCAAAACCUGCAUUAUUACAUUCCACAUUCUUCCCUGCACUGCAAGGUUCAAAAACAAAAAUGUCUGCCAGCGAAGAUAACUCUGCCAUUUUUCUAAUUGAUACACCAAAGAAGAUUAAGGACAAAGUGAAUAAGCACGCUUUUUCCGGUGGACAAGCAACUCUCGAGGAACAUAGAAAACUUGGAGGAAACUGCGAUGUUGAUAUCUCAUACCAGUGGCUAACAUUUUUCCUCGAUGACGAUGAGAAAUUAGAAAAACUCAAAGUUGGAUAUACGUCUGGAGAAAUCUUGACUGGUGAAUUGAAAAAGGAAUUAAUUGAAGUUUUGCAAAAACUUGUAGGCGCUCAUCAGGAAAAUAGAACAAAAGUAACAGACGAAAUUGUAAAAGAGUAUAUGACACCCAGAGAUCUUGGCUUUGUUACGAAGAAAUAACAUUUUUAGAUUUAUAAUUAAUAAAUUACAAUUUUUUUUUGCAUGUAAAUUUAUAUUUAAACAAAAAUUUUGAAGUUUUUAAAAGGAUUUAACAAUUGUUAAUGACUAUUAGAUUAAACAUAAAAAAAGUUUAUUUUUUAAUUUAAAAAAUAUUUUUCUUUGUAAAGAAAUACUUUUAAAAAAAUAUUUCAAUCUGCUAUUUUGUACUAAGUUUACAUAAACUUAAAAAAAAAUGUUCUUUUUAUUAUGAGUUGUUUUACUUAUUCUUGUCAAAGUCUUAACUUGUACAAAAAAUUUGUUUUACAAUCUUAAAACCUAAUUGUUUAAAUAGUUUUUGUGAUCAGUUGUGUAAAACUCAUUAACUAAUUUUCAGAUACCUAAAAAAAAAUAUUAAAUUUGUUAAAACAAAUUAUUUUAUAAAGUGGAGAGACUGUUGAAGACUUAUUAGGAAUAAGAAAUUUAAUCUUUAUUCUUUAACUUAUUCUUUUAAUAAGUAUUGCUUAGAACUCAUCAAGCGAGAGUUAUAAAUUUUGAUUAAAAGUUAGUCGAAUAUUAGGUUUUUAAUUAAAACUAAUCAUGAGCAGUUAAGAUGUCAAUUAUUGAUUAACUUUUAAUUUUUAUUUGUAUAAUCACCUCAAAGUUUCUAUAAUGUAUGAAAAUUUAGUUUUAUUUUUUGUAAACAUUGGAUUUUACUAAUAAAACUAGAAUGUUUAUUAUCAAUUGUUUUCUUAGUUACUGUAAUUUAAAAAAAAUAAAAGUAAUUAUAUUUUUUA